UUUUUUUCAGUAAGGAAUGGCUCCAAGAAGUUUUCGUUGGUCGAAACGAGAAUGUUUAUCACCUGAUAAUGAAACAGUCAAUUUAGUCGCCCUUGUAUUUGAAGAUUCUGAAUUGUUCGAAGCAGAAGCAGCUGAAUUAAGUGUUGAUGAAUCAGACGACUCUUUUUCUUUGCUUAUACGUAAUGAUAGUUUAUUCAGUGAAAUCAAUUUAGAAGAAUACAAUACAUUACCUAGAAGUCAUCAUUCAAAUUUAUCUGCGCAUAGUUUAGCAACAACUUCAAUUGUAACACCAACUCAUCAUGCGCAAACAAUAGAAUUUAAUUUAAUCUCUAACUCACAGUUUGAACCAUCUGAAUUGAAUUCCGAUUGUCAUAAAUCGCAUGCUUCUUCAAUUUCUUCUAUUGAUAUUGGUCGAAUUCGCGAUUUCCUUUCUACAUUGCCUGUUCAUGUUCUAUGUACCAGUACCAGUCAUCUUAGUGUGCCUAGUUCAUCUUCUUCAUGGCCGUGGCAUUUACUUGCUUACACUGAUUUUCCAGCUUUUAUGCAUGCUAUCACUUCUGAUCUAAACUGUUUUUGGAAUUUAUUCAAUGGAACUACUAGUAAACGUUCACACUUAAUUGAUGUUCUACCAUGUGAUUUAGCGUAUAAUUUGACAACUUGCAAUUUAACAUGUUGUCAAGCUGAAGUUGAGCUAGUACAACGUAAUGAUACAUUGAUUCAAACUAAUUAUCAAACAAAAGCUUUAGAUCCAUCAACGUCAACAUCUACAAAUGAAAAAGACAAUGCUGCAAUAAGUACUUCUAAAUAUUUUCACACUAGUCAUAAGUCGAUCCCACUAUUCUAUGAUCGAGACCAACUAAAACUCAGUGAUGAAGUGAAUAUUGUCUUAUUUCCACUCUCCGGUCUUCAUCCAAAUCUGUUAAGAGAUAGUCAGUUAUGCCAUUCCGCGUUUACAGCUGUCUACUUACUCCUUGUUAAUGAUGAUUCCGAACCGGAAAUGAAUACCAGUGAGAAGACAAACUUAAAUCACCUUAAAAAUGCCAAAUUAUCCUGUGAUUGUGACGCAAAUGAUCAUCUACACAAUACACCUAUCGUUCUUGCUGUUCUAGUUCAAAUUUUACCAUCGCACCAGCUUACUUUUCCAAUUACAGUCAACCAUAAAUUUUGUCCUAUCCCCAUGACAUCUGAUUUAAAACUAUUUAAUGGCCAAAAAUUUUCUGCUCUCUUGGCUGUGGUCGAUUUAUUAGUCAGUAAAAAUGUAGACAAUGAUGAUGAAUUUCAGUUACAUAGUGUUUUACAUCAACGUUUACAUUACUUGUCGGACUUUAAAUUCGAACUGGUCCUGCGCACUUAACCAUCCAUAGACGCUAUCCUCAUUUUUUGGAAAACCAUGACCGCAUUUUUUUCUUGCUAUACAUGUGCAAUAUUUACCUAACCAUGACAUUUUACAAUAUUUAUUAUAUUUUCAUCGUUGUUUUUAUAUCUUUUUUUUAAUUGUUUUCUUUUAUGCAUUCUAGUCCUUUGUUAUUACAUCACUUGUUUUUAUUUCAGUUAAUGGGUAUCUCAUUUCUAUUGUACUACUAGUAUUAUACGCUUAAAUUAACUUUUUUUUUCAUAAAAAGCAUUUAUUAAUUUUAUAUUAUAUCCUGGUUCUUUUGGUUUUGUUUUCUAGCAAGUAAAGCUAAUUCAAUUGUGAAGUUUUUCGAUAUAUGUUGUGCAUUGGUAAUAAAAACUCAAGUACGAA